UUUGUGUAAAGUAAUUAUUAUUAAUUAUGGCACUUACAAAAGUUUACGAUGCGGCAACAGUAUUUAAGCAUUUAAAUGGUAUUAUUAAUGUAUAUAAACCCGCAGGCGUGAAAGUGCAGCACGUUCGAAAUGCCAUUUUGAGUAAUAUUAGCAAAGGACUCAAUGAGUUGGAGCAGAGGGAGCCACGGAAGUUACCGAAGAGCAGACUGCUAUUAGGCACGGGCACCGCAGCGGAUCCCGUUCUACACAACAUAAACUCCAAUACAGAUCUGUCAGACACUAUAUUCGCUGCCGGGUCACGUUACAUGCCAAGAGAUACACGCUGCGCUACUGUCGCUACACUAGGGGAUCACACCAGCGGCGUCUUGUUAUUUGGUCUAAAUAAGGGACUUCAUCAAUCCAGCCAAAUUCAACGCAACAGGCCAGUGCGUGUUUACCACGUAACUGCACGCAUGGGUACCGCAACGGAAACCCAUCUGCCCGGCUCGCGCGUCACAGUGCGUGCCAACCACAAGUAUGUGACUGCCGAGCGCAUUAGCGGCUUAGCCGCUUCCAUGCAAGCCUCACAUCAACGUAAAAUGUAUGAGCUUUGCGGCGUGGAUCUACAAACACAGGCAGCCUACGAAUUGGCUUGCAAGGGUUUGCUGCGACCCGCUGACAACAGCCAGCCAGUAAUCUACGGUAUAAAGCUGAUACACUUUGAGCGGCCACACUUUACACUAGAGCUGCAUGCAAUUAAUGAGAAUGAGCAGUUUCUGGCCUCCCUGGUGCAUGACAUGGCAAUUGAGCUGCGCACAGUGGCGCACUGUUCCCAGCUGCGUUGUAUACGACACGCCCAUUUCGAUGUGAAGGACAGUUUAUUACGGCAUGGCUGGCAUUUGGCGGGUAUCAUGAAGAAUUUGCAGGAACAGCGGAAGAUACUUGAAGCACAUCCUCAGAUUUUAGAUCAGGAGCGUGUGGAUUUGCAUGCUGCUACUGAAGCGAAAAUAUAGUUAAAUGUUAAGUAUAAAAUGCAUAAGGCCGUUUUUUAUAGUUUAUUGUUAUAUUAAUUUAAGUGUUAUA